UGUGUGCAGAUGUGUGCAGAACCCUAACCCUUUUUAACACUAAAAACAAAGCAAAACAUUUAAAACCAAAAUGAGACCUCACAGUUAGACAAAAACUUUGCGGCCUUUCUAACUCUAGUUGCGGGAGGGGCGUGCCGUCCCAUGACACUUUACGCUAAAUUUUUUCUCCUCUUUUUUGGCGGGGGCCGGGUGUGUGUGUGAGAAAGCACUUUCAUUUUCUCACGCGCUGACCUAAAGAAUCCCGGAAGUUGGGAAGCCUGUAUGAGUCUAGGGUUAUAAGUCUAUGGUCCUCCCAGUCGAAUAUUUGGCAAGAGGCGGGGCUCAGGUAUUAGGUUUCGUUUCUGCAGUGUAUGGAGGCUGGUCCACCGGCGGUGCUGCUGGCUGGGGCUUAGGAGAAGCCCUGCACGUACCCAGUGAAGUCUCUAGUAACCGCGCCGGACUUCGAUGCGAGCGCAGCGAGGUUCCCUGGAGAACAGCAGGCUAUGGAAGUUGAUGCAAAAAUGUUCUGGGAGCAGAUGGAAGAUAGUAAAGUGGACUUGAUAUUUGAACACUUGCAGAAGGUACUGUUGUCUCUGAAGCAGAAGAUCAAGGAUGGAACGGCAACAAAUGAAGAAUGCUACCAAGCUUUGGCACUUGUGAAACAAGCAAAUAUGGCUGACCACCUACCACUGCCUAAUGUAAAUUUUCCUGUCGAAGAAGAUCUUCAGCAAUGUGAACCUGGUUUCCAUCAUUCUGCAUCAAACGAAACUACAGGGAACCUUGGAGAUGGAUGUUCUUUAAGCAUGGCAAUCAAGAAUAAAGCAGCACCUGCAGAAAUGGCAACAGUACCUUCAGCGCUUUCAUAUCGGGAUCAUACCUGCUCUAAAGAAUGUCUUGCCAAAAAGCUCUGGGACUUGAAUAAGCAUGAAAACCCUCUUCGUCUGCCAAUACAAUGCUGCUUCCAGAGAUGGCAUGCAAAAGCAGACUUGCUGUCAAAGUCGCAUGAUGUGAUUUAUAAAGCUCCUUGUGGAAGGAGUCUGAGAAGUUUUCAAGACGUUCAGAAUUAUUUGUUUCAAACAGAAUGCAGCUUCUUAUUUUUAGACCAUUUUUCUUUCAAUACCUAUGUACAGGUGUUUAGAAACAGUCCUAGCUGUCAAGCAUUUGUAUUCGAUUUUGAUAUCAGCAAAGGAGUAGAAACUGUACCAGUUUCCUUCUGCAAUGAUGUAGACCACAGUAGACUGCCAUACUUUAAAUAUCGGAAGAACUCUUGGCCACAUGGAUACUUCUUGAAAAACUUCUCCAGCAUGUUUCUUGAUUCGUGUAGCUGCACAGACGGCUGCACUGACAAGACACAAUGUGCAUGCCUGCUUCUGACUAAAAGAAACUGCCAUGAGGCUUCUAUGUCUCCAAGAAAAGAAACAUCUCAUGGAUAUAGUUAUAAAAGGCUGGAUGGACCCAUUCCCAGUGGAAUUUAUGAAUGCAGCUUGUCAUGCAGUUGUGACAAGAUGAUGUGCCAGAACAGAUUAGUGCAGCAUGGUCUUCAAGUUCGCCUGCAGGUCUUCAAAACUGAAAAGAAGGGCUGGGGGGUCCGUUGCCUUGAUGACAUUGACAAAGGAACAUUUGUUUGUACAUACUCAGGCAGACUGAUGAGCAGAAAUGAGUCUAGGCAAGCUGAAGAUGGUGAUCAUGAGGUUGAAGAGGAAGAUGCAGAGAACAGUGAUGGAAGUCACACUUUAUUUUCAAGGAAAAGAAAACUGGAUACAGUCUUUUCUGAUUCUGAGAUAGAAUUUAUCCAUACUGGUAAAGAGAGUACCAGUGGAAAACAGAAAUGUUUACCAGCGAAAGCUGAAAGUCAACCAAGUUUAACUCAGAACUAUGGCCCUACCAGGAGUUGGAGUAACCAAGCUAUUGUGAGACCAAAAACCAGAACGUCUGUUCUUCAGAGUCGCCGGAGACAGCUAGAAGUUGCCGAUGCCAGAUCGGAGGAGGAUGAGAAUUCUGUGUGCCAGAAAUCAACUAGAAGAAGAGUGACCACAGUAGUCAAGGAAGGGGAUGAAAGACAAAGCCUAGAAGGAGAAGAUCUUGGAGAACUUGUGAACACAGUGCAAUCUGAAACUAAUUUGGAUUGCCAUGAAAAGGGUCGUCUUUCCAGUGGCACUUUGUGCAGCAAACCUGUUCUGGGUGACAUAGGAACUAAACAAUGCAAGGACCUUUUCUGGACUGGUAACACGCAAAAGGGAAAAAUCAGUACAGGCAGACAAGAAUCUACUCAUAAUGAGGACGUCACAGAAAACGAGGAGGCAUGCUUUAAAAAUUGUAACAAAGAGAAUCUUUGUUUGCUGGAUGCCACUAGGGAAGGCAAUGUGGGCAGAUUUCUUAAUCACAGCUGCUGUCCUAAUCUCUUUGUACAGAGUGUGUUUGUAGAGACCCACAACAAAAAAUUUCCCUGGGUGGCAUUCUUCACAAACAGGCAUGUAAAAGCUGGAACUGAACUCACGUGGGAUUAUGGCUAUGAAGCUGGAAGCAUGCCUGAGACUGAAACUACCUGUCAGUGUGGGGCUCUUAAAUGCAGGAAGAAAAUUCUUUAAGAUGUUUGGAUCAAGUACUCAUUUAACUACCAUUUUGUGUACAGAAAUGGAACACGCCUAUCUUGCAUUUAAUGAUGACAGAUCUUUUCAUUGGUUUUUCAUUGAAGGAGAUUUAAUAAUUUUAAGGAAUUCUUUUAUACAGAUAUCUGACAUCUUCACUUCAGGCUUAGUGUCAGGUACCCUUAUGUUACUGAACAGAUUAAAUAAAUAAACACCAUAAUAAACAAUAAUGCUAAUUUAGCUAUUUCUAAGCCUUGGGAGGAGAGCUGGUCUUGUGAUAGUAAAGUUGUGCUGACUCUUGGCGCCCACAGAGCCAUGCAGUUUUCUUUGGUAGAAUACCAGAGGGGUUUGCCAUUGCCAUCUCCCAUGCAGUAUGGGAGGAUGCCUUUCAGCAUCUUCUUGUGGUAGCAAAUAUGAUUUGUAUCCUUUGCUAAGAGGGUCUGCCCUGGUUGCAUAUGAAUGGGAGACUACAUGUGUGAACGCUGUAAGAUAUUCCCCUUCGGGGAAGGGGCCACUCUGGGAAGAGCUUGCAUGCAGAAGGUUCCAAGUUCCCUCCCUGGCAUCUCCAAGAUAGGGCUGAGAGAGAUUCCUGCCUGCAGCCUUGGAGAAGCUGCUGCCAAUCUGUGUAGACAAUACUGAGCUAGAUGGACCAAUGGUCUGACUCUGUUUAUGAUAGCUUUCUAUGUUCCUAAGCCUAAAAACUCCUUAAUAAACAAUCUUAAUAUAUGAAGUACAGUGCUUUGGUUUUGUGUACAGUAGAAGCCCUCUGCCUGCUAUUAGCCAAUCAAGACCACAGAAGUCAAUGGCAAAAUAAGGAACCUGUCUGCAAACUCUUCUACAGGUCAUUUUUUUGCCACUUAGUUCUGUGAAUCUAUGCUUCCAGCAAGCCACAUGCUGGUUUCCCUGGAUUGUUGAGCUUUGCCUUGGCACUAGCCCUACCUUGCCCUUCCUGGGAGGUUGGAAUGGAAUCCAAUGGACACAGAUGAUAUUUUGGAAGACUAUUAACAGUCCUGAUGAGUCUGGGGCAUUCAAAAAUAGUGAACCAUUCUUGUGGGGAGUUGUAGCUCCUUUGGGAGCCAUUUAAAAAAACAAACAACUCUAUAAAUCUUUCCCCUGGUGAAGAGCAUAUGCUUGAAAUGUGUUGAGACCAUUAUUUGGCUUCUUUCAAUACAUCGAUUGGAUGCCGUUGCUCCUUUUUGGGUUGUAGAGCUGCUGUCUUUGUUUUGUCUUCCUAGAAAGUACCCACCUCUGACAUUCGACUGCUGUUCUGUUAGAAACUUGUUCUCUGGAGUUAAUGUGAUCUGAUCUUAUUACUAUACUGUCAUGGUUGUUAAGGAUGCCUCUGGGAAGAUCACAAGCAGGGCAUUAAUGUUAUAAUCAUCCUGUUCAUUUCCACUAGGUCAUAAUUAGAGAAAUGUGGCAUUUGAAUGUGUUUUCAUCUCCAUACUAACAAAAAAUAUAAUAAUCCAAGUUGCUUGACAGCCACUUCCAUGAAAGGGGGAUUUCUCCACAACAGAGCUGUCUCAACAAUGGUGGUGGAAGCAUCAGCCUGAGAGAGGCUUUUUCCAUCUUGCCACCUUGAUGCUUUGCUGUCAUACUUACAUUUCCAUAGAUGUGAACUGGCAUGUCUGAGGGAGUAUUGGGAAAGCAAACUUUCAGCUCUUGAGAUGCAUUGAUGAUGAUGUAUCUUUUUGUAAUUCUAGAUCUUAUUCCUUGUCUUCGAGUCAUCAACAGCUAGAUUAGAACAAUAUAAUCAGAUUAAUCAUUAAAAUAAUUCUAAUCAUUAAAAUCUCAGAUUAUUUUGCUGUAGGGAGAGGGGGAAGAAUAGUUCUUUAAAACUAUGUACAAUAUCCAUUAUAACUAGUUAUACAUACAUUGUUUGUACGAAAUAGAAUAUUUGGAAAUCGUGUGUGUUUCUUGGUUGAGAAUUCAAACCUGCAUCUUCCUUGACAUACUUAACAUCUAAAAGUGUUUGCAUGUUCAUUUGUUCACUUGGGCCAGCUUCUUCUGUUCAGGAGGAUGAAUGUUGUUGUUUUUCCUUUUCUGAAUUUCAAAACUGCCCACUCUGCCCUUUAAAAAACCCCAUAGAAAACCUCUGGAAUAUUGCUGGUACUAAGGCAAUAGUUAGGAAGAGAUGUGGCCAUUCUUAGUUUAUCUUGGACAUCUCAAGUGCAUUCAUAAGGCCUGUUCAAACAUAGCUGCUUCUCUGAGACACUGCCUAGGACUGAGCCCCAGCUUGAGAGUUUGCUUUAGUCUUCACCUUGCUGUGCGAAACAAUAUAACUAGCCAAAAGAAAUAAAGUCAGGUUCUGUCUUACAGGGUCAGGGAAAUCUUGUUUACAAAUAUAUAUUUUUGCCUGCGUUCAGAGUGGCUUCUCCCAGAAAUCAUACCCUAAAAAACACACAUGCUUCAGCCUGUCAACCAUUGCUAAUGAAUUCAAAUCCCCAGAUGGACUGGAGGACCUUCCGAAGUACCCCUGUGAGUACACUCUAUCACCUAUAAGUGAAUACUCAGUACUUCUUUAUCUACUUGGCUACACUUAGUGCUCCUGGAAUCAAUUGCUAUUGUUUUAUAUGAACUUUUACUUUGGUCUUUAAUAAUAUGGCAUCUGUAAAAAAUAUUACCAUGAGACCCCACAUAAGUUUAAAAGAAACAAAAGUUUUUUUUCAUUCAUUAGCAACUGUUGUUGACAGGGCUGACCAUAUUUUUUAGUGUAUGGUUUCUGAGAUAAACCACUGAAGAAGACAACUUUGUCAAAACUCAUCUGGCUAAGAUUUAUAGGAACAUCCUACACUGAUUAUUGCUUGGAGGACUGCUAAUAUACCUAAUACAAAGGUUGAGGACUAUAUAAAUUGAGACCUGUGUUUCAUCUAUGAAGUCGUCCUCGGAGGAAAUUGUAUUUGGCAAAGGAGAGAAUGAUUUGAUAUGAAGAGUGGUUGUAUUUUAUAUGAUUGUUACAUUUUAUAGUAUGAGAAAUUUUGAUAUGGUUUUAAUAAAAGCAUUUUGUUAGAAUGUGUUAGUAAUUAUUGAGAAUAUAUAUUAUAGUUGUAUCUUUUUUUUUAUUUUUAGAAUUGCUGUUUGUCAGAAGAUCAAAGUUAUUUCUCUCUCUCCAGAAACAGAGGUACAUUCACAAAAGUAUCCUCUGUCACAAAUAUGCCCAAAGAGAGGUGCCCCAGAUCCUUUGGCUGAACCCUUUCAGACAAGAAAGAGCAGCCUGUCUUCAGAAGCUGAAGGAAACCCAUUCCCAGUCUUACCUUAAAAACUUUCCCCUGAGAUUGAUAGCAAUAAGAAAAGAAUGGAACACAUGAGUGUGAUUGCUGACUCUGAAGCAAAGGAAGACUGUCAGGAUUCAAGUUCUGAAAGUUGCCUGAAGCUGAGUCUGUGAAGCUCCUGAGACUACAGCUUCAUUUGUUCCAGAGAGAAGAAGGAAUGCCCCACUAAGUUUCCUUUAGCCAUAACCAAAGUUCAUAAGCAAGAAGAAGAAUUUGUGCCUAGCCCACGUUUGAAUGCUUUUGUGUACAUACACCCAAGAGCCAGAAACCUGUGAUAUUUUAUGUGCACCAACUCAAGAGGAGAGCAGAACUAAGCAUACUUUAGUGCAUGGAACUAGCAUUGAGACACUUGGUGGCCAGGUGCUGUCAGGAAUUAAAACCCAUGCAGACCACAGUGACCAAGAACCCUGUGUAGCCUCGAAGCCUACAUCUGUGGACACAGACAGAAAGACCAUGGUCUUGUGAUUCCUCUUUUAGAAUUGCCAUUGCUGCUUCUCUCCAGUGAAUGAACAAACAAUCUCUUAAUCCAGGCAAGUGCGCUGUAGUGCACAGGGGCACCUAACCAAGGAAAUUCUAACAUUUAGGGGAACAAGACAAGGUUGCAUUUUGGCUCCACUAUUGUUUAACUUUUAGAUUAAUUCCCUUGCUUCCCAUUUAAACAAUUUGGAUCAUCACCCUCCCAAAUCAGUGGAUAAGCAUCUCACUAUUUUCUUGUACGCAGAUGAUGCCGUCAUUCUUUCGCAAACUCCAAUAGGUUUAAGAAGAGCAUUGUGCUCUUUGGCCUCCUAUUGUAAGGAGCAUUCACUUGAAAUUAAUUGUAGUAAAACCAAGAUUCUAGUAUUUGUGAAAAGACCAACAAAUUACAAUUGGAUACUAAAUGGGUACAAGCUGCAACAAGUAAAACAAUUUAAGCACCUUGGUGUAAUAUUUCAUGCCUCUGGCUGCAGAUAAGCACACAGAGAAUAUGUUAGAAUGCUAAGAUCACACAGGCAAUUCAAUCGCAUUACUACUCCAGGGGUGCCCAAAGUCUGUGCACAGCUCUUGAACGGAGUGCAGCUGGGCAUAUACCCUAAUUUAUCUAAACUAGAAGGUCUUUAUAGCCAUAACAAGAAAGCAACCUAUCACGCUAACUGCUUGUUCUACCCCAUCUCCAAUGACCUUUGGGUUCUUUGUGAACUGCAUCUACAGAUGGAGGAAGAGUGUGAAUGCUUCUGUAUAGGCGCCACUUUGGUUGUUUGAAGAAUGUGUUAGCAAUGAAGAGAUUGGCUUGGCAGAAACUAAUAAUGUUCUCCUGCUUCGUUUCUGUUUCCUAGGCCAUAUAGGCUGACUGUGUUUACCUCUUUACCUUUUCCAACUUUGGCAUUCCAGUCUCCAAUCACCAGCAUCACAUCACUUGAUUUCAAUAGGUUAAGAAGCAAUGUAGUCUUGGAUGCUACCUACUGGUGGUGGUUGUUUUUUAACCAGAAGGUUUUUCACACAUGGCUUUAUGCCUUAGGGUAUCUGAGGAGCAAAUCUACUUGCAGCUGCUUCGAGGCAGUUUAAUUAGGGGAAUUAGAAUUCUUCAAACAACCAAAGUGGCGCCUAUACAGAAGCAUUCACACUCUUCCCCCAUCUGUAGAUGCAGUUCACAAAGAACCCAAAGGUCAUUGGAGAUGACCUUUACUUUAAAUCAUUCACCCAGGCACAGGAACCACCAACCAGCAGUACUUCUGUCUUGUCUGGAUUGAGUCUCAGCAGCUUAUUCACCCUCAUCCAGUCCAUUACUGCAUCGAAGCACCAAUUCAGGACAGUCACUGCCUCACCUGCAUCUGAUGAAAAAGAGAGAUACAACUGAGUGUCAUCUGCAUACUGAUGAAACCUCAAGCCAAAUCUCCUGAUGACCUCUCCUAUGUUGCUUAUUAUCUAUUUCAUGUAGAUAAUAAACAUAGGGGAAAGAAUGGAACCUUGUGGAACCCCAUAGCAUAACUGCCAAGGGGUUGAGCAGUAGUCUCCCAGCACCACCUUCUGGGAAUUGGCCUCAAGAUAGGAGUAGAACCAGCUCCAAACAAUGCCUCCCACACCCAACUCAGCCAGCCUAUCCAAAAGGAUAGUUGUUUACAUCCUCUGGGUCCAGACUGGGCUUCUUUAGGAAUGGUUGAAUAAUAGCUUGCUUCAGUGAAGCUGGGACUACUCCCUCUCUCAAUGAAGCAUUUAAUACCUGCUGGACCCAGCUAAAAAUUCCCUCCUUACUAGAUUUAAUGAGCCAUGAAGGGCAAGUGUCAAGCAUGCACUUGGUCGGCCAAACUCGACUAAAUACCUUGUCCACAUCCUCAGGUACCAAUAAUUGAAACUCCUCCAGCAAAACUAGACCAGGCUUUGCUCCGGGCACCUCUCCCAAUGAUCCUGCAUCAGCCAUAGUAUCCAACUCAUGGCAAAUGCAAGCGAAUUUACCUUCAAAGUGCUGUGCAAAUGCAUCACAGCAUGCUACCGGGAUUUUUAAUGCAUCUUGCCAGGAGCCAGAUUUCGAAAGGCCCCGCACCACCCUGAAAAACCCUGCUGGAUGACACUUGAGAGGAUGCAAUGGUGGGUGAAAAAAAAAUGUGUUUCUUCUGUUCCAUCACUGCCACAGAGUAGGGUCAGUAAUGAGCUCGAACUUGUAUUCGCUCAGACUCGCCCCGAGUUUUCCUCCACUUGCGCGUCAGCCAUCUCCCAGCUUCAUCGCCCUCAGUUCAGGUCCAAGGAGCUGCAGGGGUUCUGCUUUGUGGGAGAGGGCACUUGGGAGCAAUCCUGUCAACUGCCUGAGCCAACUCUCCAGAGAUCAACUAGAUCUACAACAGGAGCACCUGCCAUGCCAGCUGGAAAACCCCUUAGAGCUAUCAGGAAUCGAUCAGAGUCUAUCAGUCUCUGGAGAUAGACCAUUUUUAUAAGUCCCCCACCCUUGCAGAGAGGUGUAGCUGCUAAGGCGCUAAACCUCAGAAGGAUGUGAUCUGACCGUGACAAGGGCAUAGAUGACAUAUCCCCCAGAUUCAAAUCACCAUCCUCCUGUCCAGUUGAAAAAACCAGUUCCAGAGUGUGCCCCAGCCCCAAUUCAUGUGCUUGGCCAACAACAUGUUGGGACAGCCCCAUGGUUGUCAUGGCAGCCAUGAAGUCCUGAGCUGCCCCAGACAAGGCAGCCUCAGCAUGGAUGUUGAAGUCACUUAGAAUAAUCAUUCUGGGAAUCCUCAGCACCACAUCUGAGACCAGCUCUGUGAGCUCAGGUAUGGAGACAGCUGAGCAGCAGGAUGGACAGUACACCAACAGAAUCCCCACUCUAUCCUGAGAACCCAACACCAGGUACAAACACUCUGAGCUGGCAUUCACUUGGACAGGGGACCUAGUGAGGAAAAUAGAGCUUUUGUAAAUUACAGCGACGCCCUCCCUGGCCCUCCAGCCUAUGCGGAUGCUGUACUAAAUAUCCAGGUGGACACAGCUGGGAAAGACUAAUCUCUCCCAGUUCCCCCACCCAGUUCUCUGUAAUACUAACCAGGUCACCCCCUUCCUCCACAAUUAGAUCAUGGACGAUAGAAAUCUUGUUCUGAACUGACCUGGCAUUAAACAGCAGCACCAGCAGGCCAAAGGACAGGCUAGUAAAGCAGCCAGGAAUCCUCCCAUUAUGGAAACAACCAGAAGAAGGGAUAGGAAUAAGAUGUUCAACCACCCUUCCCCACUUCUGAUGUAAGCGAGACCUCACCCCACCCCAAAGAACAAUUUGUUAUGGGGUGGCUAACAAAUAAAGUUUAUUAUUAUUA